CUGAGCGCCGUCGUUGCCCACACAAGCACCAACACCGUCGCCGCAGCCUCGGCGUCGCCACCGAGACGAGUCUUGGACUCGCCGCUUCGCAAAAGAUGCCCUUCUGCUGAUUAUCGUCGCCGUCCUUCCUUCAAUUCGGCCCGAAUCGCGUCCACACCGUCGGAAUUCGUAAAUUUUUCGGUGCGAACAGAGAAGAGUCGCGGGCGGUCCACAAAACGUACACCUGCGGAGGGUGGCCUUGAAAAGGAGCAUCAUCUGCCGCGGAGCCUCACACAGGGAGAAUAUUUUCAUUCCCACUGAGAGCGACGCCGACUUCUUUAUAAUCUCUGCCGAGAAUUUUGUUUUUCGUGUGCGAGUGAAUUUUUGUGUUUUUAUUUCGGACAAAAAGAUCGAGGGAAAAAUGCCUUCGAAAAAGCAGUACAAUUUGGUGCAGAACGACGACUACGACACCCGGAUACCUCUCCACCCUGAUGAGGCCUAUCACCAUGGCAUCACAUUCCAGGCAAAGUUUAUCGGGACAUUGGACAUUCCCCGUCCGACCAGCCGAGCGGAAAUCGUGGCCGCCAUGCGCCGCAUUCGGUACGAAUUCAAAGCGAAGUCGGUGAAGAAGAAGAAAGUCAACGUCGAGGUUUCCAUCGAAGGUGUCAAAGUCAGUCUCAAGAGCAAAAAGAAAAAGAAAAAUCAAUGGAUGGACGAAAGCAAACUGGUUCUCAUGCACCACCCUAUCUAUAGAAUAUUCUACGUGUCGCACGACUCGCAGGACCUCAAAAUCUUCUCGUACAUCGCGCGAGAUGGUGCUAGCAACGUAUUCAAAUGCAACGUGUUCAAGUCGACGAAAAAAAGCCAGGCGAUGCGGAUAGUACGCACGGUGGGCCAGGCUUUCGAGGUGUGCCACAAAUUGUCGCUGAAUGGACCGCCCAAGGAGGACGAACAAGAGGCGGAGGACCAGCUGAUCUCAAUUGACAACGCCAGCGACAGGGACAGCACCGACGCCUCGUUGGACAAGGCACUUACCAAAGACGUGACAAAUAUGAUCGGUGACCCGGUGAGCUGCGACACCUUGGCGGCCGAUUCAGGCGUCCUGACGCAACUGAUGGACUCGCCGAGCGACUCGGCGCCGACCCUGUCGCCGUCCGUCAUCACUUCGCCACAAACUCCUCCGGCGCCGAUGGCGCCGCAGCAGCAGCAGCACCAACAACCUUCCACGGCAGGGCUGAGACUCGACCUGGCGCCGCCGCAAAUGACUCCGACGAAUGGAAAUAGCCGGAGAUCUGCCACAGUUAGUGGAAGUGGCGACGAAAGCUUCGGCAUGGCCACCCAACAUGAACUUCAACUUUUGCGCGAGCAACUGGAGCAGCAAAAUCAGCAAACGCACGCCGCAGUGGCGCAAGUGCACCUGCUACGUGACCAGCUGGCAGCGGAAACGGCGGCGCGUCUUGAAGCGCAGUCGAGAACGCACCAGCUUUUGGUUCACAAUAAAGAGCUACUGGAGCACAUCCAAAUGUUGGUUGUGCACCUUCAAGACAUGGAGCGACAACAGGGCGGCGUCCCUCAACAACAGAUCACCCCCAGUUCACCCCGCGUCACAAUGGUACCUCAGAUGGCGGUGCUGUGCGAGGCGCAGACACCUGCCCUGGCACCUGUGUACCUUCCGCACGACCUUCAGGACGCACUGCUCAGCCAGCAACGCACCUCUCAGGCUCAGGCCAAUGCCCUUUACACCUCCUACCAAAGCGCAGACCUCAUCCAGAGGCUGCAGGCCCUCUACCGGACCCAGUCGCCGGCCCCCGCCCCCGCCUACUACCAGCCCGCCCCCACCACCUUCCGCACCUCCCCUUACUCAGGUUCCCCCGUCAUGCCGCACCGGCUCGUUCCGUACCCCCCUCCGGAAAACUCGCCCUCGGCGCUUGCGCAGUCCGACCAGCCCCACUUCACCUUCACGGCCAGGGAGUUCGCGGCGGCCGUGGCCGCCGCUCAGGCUCCCCCCACCCCUCCGAAACUCGUCCCCUCCAACACCCCUGUCACGCCUCCGCAAACCACCCCCGGCACUACUGCCGCCGCCGCCGCCGAGCAGACGCAGUUCAUCCGGCCCCUGUCGCAGGUCGGCACCCUGACCACCACGGACAUGGAAGGCCGGGUCAAGGUCAUCGUGCCCGUCGAGGACAACGCGACCUCCGACCGGCCGCAAGACCUGGUGGCCGCAUUCGGGAUGAUGCGCGUGGCCGCGGGGCCUUCGUCGGACGAGGCGAGCCCCGCGAUGCUGCGCAGGGGCAACGUGAGUGGUGUCCCGGUCAUCACGCGCUCCACCAGCGAAAAGGUGCCCAACCGAAGCGAACUGAUGUCGCAAGUGACGCGGGCGGCGUGGGCGAGGCACACGACCAAGUAAAAAAGCCACACGCCGAGCACAGAAUGAACUUUGUUGCGGUUUCGUUAUUGAAAUGAAAUGAUUGCUGAUUGGUUGAACUCUUCUUAAUUUGGAAUCUAUAAUAGGCUAGAUGUGGCUACCUCAAAUAGCAGUUUUGUCAUUUUGCCUGGAGUUGAAGAGGGACUCAUUGAUUUAAAUAGCAAAAAUAAAAUUGGCCCAGUCUUUCAGUUAAAAAUUGCCUAAAUUUUGGAGCUUAAAAUUUUUAAAUUAGAUUGGAUGAUGUUGCCCCUAAAAAUCAAAAUUUCCAAGGGAAAAAACGAUAUUCUGUGGAGGAGAAAUAUUUUCUUUACAAAUGUAAAAAGACGAUCUUCUCUAAUUUACAAAUCUAAAGAACUAAAAAAGACUUAAAAACUUUCUUUGUAAUGCGUUUGGAAUAAGUGGCUGCUCCUUUAUUUCCUCUCUUGAAAUUAAAUUAAUCUUUUCAAGAUCAAAAUCGCUUAUUUCCCGAAAUUUUUGGAAUUUAAUAUCAUUUCAUUUUACAAAAUACUUUCAUUCCUAUUUUCUCUCUCAAUUCUGAUAUGUUCCUAUAGUUUAGAAAUUUCAUUUGUUACCAGCAAGUUCAAUUUAAAAAAUUAAUAGCACUCCCAGUUUAGUAAUCAAGCCAGGAAUUAAUCAUUGACGAGUUUGAAUUGCGUCCAUUAGCAAGCAAUUAGCCACUCUCAUUAAAAUUCAAAUCAAUUCGUGCUUCAGUUCCAACUAUUCGCUUUAACUAGACGAUGAAGUAUUAUAAAAUGAAAUUUCCGCGAGUGCCCUUCUCGACUCCAGUUAAUUGAGUACCUUUUUGUGAUACGAAAAUACUGCCACUAAUAAAUGGAGUGUCCCUGCAUUAAUCAGCAACCUCCCUUCCUCACAGACACGUAAGAGCUAGACUGAUAAUAAUUUGCCAUUUGAUUGAGUUCCCGCUAAUCCAUCUAUUUAAUUAAUUAAAAACUCUGAUUUUUAACUUUAAGCCCCCUGUUAACUAUACAUAAAUUAGCAAAAUUAUAAUAUGUGUAAAAUUAUAUAAUUGUUAGAUCUGAAAUGUUAAUUGCGAUCGAUGAGCUCGCGAUUUGUUUGCUUGCGAACAGAAAACCAAUGUGUAUAUUGGAUUUUUUUAAACAAUAAAGUACAAUAUUUUUUAUAAAGACGCAAAACUCGCAUGAUGUUUGACUCGAUGUAAACCGAUUUUUAUAGAUAAUUUUUUUUUUAUCACAAUCUCUCUCCCGUUCGCUCUCGCUCAUAUACAAACAGUUUCGCAGAGAAGCGGCGCCUCUCGAGUUUUGGCUCCAAGGUAAAAGCAGACUUCUCUCUUUCUCUCUGUUAGAAAACUGCUGUCUUUUGUACUCUUGCCAAUAAUGUCGUUGUUAUUUUUGUAACAAAUUAGAUUCCUCAGAUGAAGAGCGGAAUAAAAAGUAGAAGGGAAAACGAAAGAUAUGCGUUGGCUAAAAUUAUAUUUUCUAUUCUGCCGCCGCCACUACUGCGGAUGCUGCGGGGUGCCUUUUCGAAAAGCAUUAAUAGCGAAAAGCGCCGCCGAAAAAUUUAUCGCUGUUAUUGCCAUAAAUUAUAGUUUCCCCUGUUUUUGGCAUGGUGUGCUGUUGUUUUCUCUCUCUGGCUCUGUGUGUGUGUUUAUUUUUACAUCUCUUUUGCUCCUUGUGGUUUUUAUUGUGCAGAGACACUAAAAACGGAAUUUUCAUUAGUGCAUUUUUUCGUCGUUGUUUCGGCAUGUUAUUGCGUCCCGAGAGCUCUUUAGCAUGUUUGAUAUUAUUUUUCCCCUGACCAAAAUGUGGCCAGCAGCAAUACUGCAUAGUUUAUUUUGGGAAAAUUAUUAAACAAACGAGCUGCUGUUUUUUUUGCUUUGUCCGCUCCAGCUACAUUCGCUAGUGUACAAAGUUUUCCCAUUAAAAUUGCCAAUUUUUGUAAUUCAUCAUUUUCAUUUUCCUGGAGAAUUUUAUACCUUUUUACAGUAGUCGUAGUUUUUAACCCAUUUGAUCACAUUUAAAAUAAAAUUACUUUUCUAAUUCCUCGUCCUGGU